AGAUCUGCUCCACUGGGCUUUUUUGUGGUGCUGAAAUAAGCAGAAUUACCUGUUUACCUCCUGUCCAUCAAAGAAUGGAUGCCAUUUCCACACGAACAUAUACAGUACCUGCUUCUGACACUUCAAUCAGUAGCUUUCCAUCACCAAGAGCUACAAGACUGUGGACCAUAAUGACUAGUUACCCAGCUGAUCCAGGUUCAAAACAGACAGACAUUAUCAAGCAUGAUGCUCUCCCAACUACUAGUUUGGCAGCAUUAAGUAUUGGCAUAUCUUUUGAAAGCUAUUUAUUCAAAGAACUGAUUUCCACUAGAGAGCUUUCAGCAAAAUACAGUCUUCCUUCUUCCACAGAUGUUUCCUCUUCUCAAUUUCUGAAUUUUGGUGUUCAUGACUCAGUGCAAAUUGUCUGGUGCAAAAAGUCUGUAUCACAUAUGCCUAUGCACACUUCAGCAGCCACAGCAGGAUACUUCUUCCCCAGUAUGGAAGACAGGACCCCAUUUAUCACCUCUUCUUCCAUGACAGAUUUUAUUUUUCCUACAGAAUCUUUAUUAUUUGUGAACAAAGAGACUAUUGCCUUACCUACUAGCACAGUGGGUUCAGUAAUUACUGACAUUCCAGGGGCUGAUAUUAAGUUAAAGAGGCACUCAUUACUCUCCCAUGGAUUCCUGCUUGCAACCGCUUCUACAAGUGCACCUCCAAUUGUUUCUAGGGGGGCUCAAGAGGCUAUUGAAGAAUAUUCAGCUGUUUCCCUAAUUUCAAGAAGAGAGUACUGGAGGUUGCUGAGCUCCUCAAUGUCUCCCUUUUCUCCUGCUAAGAUAAUUAUAUCUAAACAGGUAGCCAUCUUAAACUCAUCAACUCUGCACCAGUUCACUACACAAGCCUCCGUUCCCAGUGAAUACCAGGUUAUUACUGAAGCAUCUAGCAACCAGAGACUCACAAACAUCAAAUCACAGGCUGCUGAUUCUUUAAGUGAAUUAAGCCAAACAUGUGCAACAUGUUCUAUGACUGAAAUAAAAUCCUCUCAUGAAUUCUCAUAUCAAGUUUUGAAUAGCAAACAGUCCCACUUUUAUGAGACCUUCUGGAUGAACUCAGAGAUAUCAGCCAGCUGGUAUGAACUAAUGGGAAUUGAAACUAUCACUUCUGGGCAUCCGUUGUCUUCUGCUACUGAAAAAAUGCCAUCAGUGGCAUUCACAGAACUGUCAUCUUUAUUUCCUUCUAAAAAGAGUACAAAAAGAAGAAUUUUAUCCUCAUCCUUAGAAGAAUCCAUUACACUAUCAAGUAAUUUGGAUGUUAAUUUAUGUUUGGAUAAGACUUAUUUCUCCAUUGUCCCUUCACAAACUGUCUCUUCAGACUUGAUGAAUUCUGAUUUGACUUCACAGCUGACUACUGAUGAUCCUUCUGUGUCAGAGAACAUUUUAAAACUAUUGACAAUGGGUCAAUAUCAUAUAAGCAUGGGCCUCACUGAGAUACUGAAUCACGAUAAUUUAUUGGGCGUGGGAGAGAGUAAAGUAUCUCAUAAACAGUUUGAACUUCACACACGUGAUAGUUCUUUAGAUUUUGUAUUAAAUUUACAGUAUCAUCCAAGAUCUAUCUCUUCAAGUGACCUCAAAAACAACCUGCCUCCUUACAUAGACUCAGUGUCUGAAUUUUCAGAAGUAACCUCUAAGGUCUCAUUUUGUGAAGUUUCAGGAACUCAUUCAUACCCAAUACAGGCCUCUUUUCCCAUGUCUCUACUUGUGCCAGAUUGGACAUAUUAUACAGAUUAUCUGACCUUAACAUCUGAUUUAAAAGAAGAGCUUACAGCUCCUUCAGAGUGGCCCAAAUGGGAACUUCAGCCUAGUGUGCAACCUCCUGCUGCAAGCCAGAGGCUUUCCAUCAGUAGAUCGCUUACUUUGUCUUCACUGGAGUUCAUUCCAACACCUCUUCAGCUGAUGAUUUCUGGCUUCAGAUGUAUUUGUUAUUAUGGAGAUUCCUAUCUAGAAUUUCGGAAUGUGUUGUUAAGUCCACAAAGUAACAUUUCACUAGAAUUUCAUACCUUCAACUCCUCUGGACUCCUGCUCUAUAUCAAGCAAGACUCAAAUUCAGCAGAUGAGUUUUUUAUUCAACUAUUUAUUGAAAAUGGUACUUUAAAGUACCACUUUUUCUGUGCUGGUGAAGCAAAAUUGAGAAGCAUUAACACUACUAUUAAAGUGGAUGAUGGACAAAAGUAUACACUGCUUAUCAG